CAUCUUCACAUCACAGAUACCACGGAAGCAGGAAAUAACAGGUUCUGGUGCACCUGACGCGGAGUCAAACCGUCUUGUUCAAACAUAGCACGUUGAUUUAAUUCUUGCAGCCAGCGCAUGAUUUCACUGAGAGCUCUGCAAACGAUCUAAUCUAUUUAGGUCACUAUGUCAGAGAAAGACGAAGAGACAUUCAAAUCUGUGGAUUUGGAGCAGAAAACCGAGAAGUCUCCGGAACCAGACAUCAAUCCUCAAGAAUCUCCAAGUGAAAAAGGAACCGAUAAACCCAGCACACCUUCUACAGAAGCAAAGGGAGAAAGCACCCCCUCUACACAUGCUUCAGCAGCCAAAGUUAAAUGGACAUCAUCUGUGGAACAGUUUAAACUGAAGAGAUUUUUUGUCCUCAGGCCUGGAACACUGGACCAUGGCAUUGAGGAUGUUAAAGCUCUUGUGAAUCCCAAAGAAGAUGGUCCGGUCCAAGGUAUCUGGCUCAUGGCUGAAGUUGAUCAUUGGAACAAUGAGAAAGAGCGAUUGGUGAUCAUCACAGAGAACACCCUCCUCCUCUUCAAAUAUGACUUUGUCAUGCUUAACUGUGAGCAGAUUCAGAAGAUUCCACUCAACUUUAUCGACCGCAUCUGCCAUGGUACCUUCUGCUUUCCACCACGCUCCCUCCUGACGAGAGAAGGUGAGGGUGUGCGGGUGUAUUGGGACAAACUCAGGGAACCAUCUUUCACUUCCCGUUGGAAUCCUUUUUCUGUUGAGUAUCCUUUCACUACAUUCACCUAUCACCCUGUCAGCAGUGCCAAUGAGGAGCUGGGCCGCCUGUGUGAUAUUCAAAACUUCAUGGAGCAGCUGACUUCAGCAGCACAGAAAGCCCACAGCAAGAAUCCUGUACCUGGGAAAGCCAACGGAGUUCUUGUGCUGAAUCAACCCAUUCUAAUUGAAGCAUAUGUGGGUCUGAUGUCUGUCAUAGGCAAUCAAAACAAGUUGGGCUAUUGCUUAGCACGAGGCAAUAUUGGUUUCUGAGGGCACUUUGAGUCUUCCAGUGAUGGUUUACACAAAGUUAUUCUCUUAUACCAGCUGAGCAUGUGUAAUUUAUACUUGUAUAAGAUAAUGAAUAUUAAUAUGGCUACUUUAAAUCAAGGUGAAUGAAACCUUUUAGUUUCAUCUAGUUAUAUUGCCCCAAGAUCUUAACAAUGUCUAUCAGUCAUUUCCUUUGGGUUGUGUCAUAACAUAAAAAAGAAUUUUGUCCCUCCUCCUACGACUUCCUGUGUAGAAAUAUCUUGUUUUUAGUUUUCUGUUUUAGUUAUUUCUCUGCAGAAACUGAUUCUUCACAAUGUCACUGGGAAGGGCCUUUCCUUUCUUUCUGUAUUUUUGCUGAUAUUCUACCUUAUCACAAGCCUUCUUACAAGGCAAUUGAUGCAUGAAGGUACACAAAUCAUAUUUGUUUGAUGGUUUAGGGUUUAUUAUUACAGUAGAACACAGUUCUGGAUUUUCCCUCAUCUUGUAAUUACUACAUUCACUCAGUCUUGAUUUGUUUCUAUAGCAGAAUGUCAAACAUAUUGUCAAGUCUUUUUGAAAAUAAAAAGUAGUACAGAAACUUGGUUCAUUAGUGCUGAAUACAAUAUAUUUUCAUGAACUACAUUUAGGAACAAUAAUAAUACAAAAGUGCUUCAUUUAUCUGAAUAGUCUGCACGAUUUUGAUUUAUAGGGCGUUUCUAAGGUAGGGCAAGUGGCCAGUGUAACCAUGUCUUGUUGAAAAUAUUGUUAUAUAUGUUUUAUACGUUUACAUAUUCAAAAAUAAAACAAAUGUACUGUAUUUGAGUAAUUUAUACAUUCAAGGUGAUUUAAAUAAUCCCCUUAAAAAAUUGCACAAAAAUAUGGCCCCAUGCAGUAAACGUGUAUAAACAUGGUACAUUUGUUUUCAUUUGUUAUUAAAUUGACAAAACAAAUUGGGCAGCAUCUAACCUUGAUUUUGUAUUAUCAAAUUUCAUAGAGAAUUCACACUUGCGGUAAAAAACAAUUAUAGUAAAGAAAGAUGUUUAGUAUAUAAAUAACUUUAUAAAAACACUUAAUUUGAUUCAAUCACUAUUUUAUAUAUAAAUUG